AGUUAAUUUCCAUUAAGGGAAACUUUUUAUAAUUUUACAAUGCAAUGUGAAAUUAGUGCACUUUAACGCAUCUUGAAAAAAAAAACGUCUGAAAAAAAAAUGGAGAGAAUUACAAAUAUAACGGAUAUCUUUUGGAACAACAACGGUASUACGCAAGAUACUAACACAAAUGAAAUAGAAACUGCUCUCUUUGGUUCGUUCUAUAUUGUGAUUUCCGUAGUUGCUACAGUGGGAAACUUGCUCGUGAUGAUCGCCAUAUACUCCAACAACAGCCUCAAGACAACAAGCAAUUACCUCUUGGCUAAUCUCGCCUUGACAGACUUUUUACAAGGUCUGAUAUCAGUUCCAUUAAGAACAGCCGAGUCUAUUAUCAUCAGUCAGGAUAUCCGCACCCUUUGCCAGGUUGCCAUUCCAGUAUCUAUAUUWUUCGGCAGUACGUCAAACCUCAACAUCUUGUUCAUCAGCGUUGAUCGUUUUGUAGCGAUAUUUUUUCCAUACUUUUACCUCAGGAAAGUCACUCCUCAAGUCAUCUUCUGUAUUAUCAUAUCAGCGUGGGUUUUUAUGAUAAUCUUCUCACUUGUUCCCUUAGCAGGACUUGGUCGCCAAAUACCUCAAGGUCCCGUUUCUAUUUGCCGUUUCCAUUUCUUUCUUUCGCAAAGUUACAUUACGUCUUUGUAUGUUAUUGUCCAUGCAAUACCUAUAAUAACUGUUGUACUUAUUUAUGGCUUUAUUUUGAGAGCAAGUAUGAGGCAUGCAAAACGCAUAAACAUACAAGAAUCCGCAGGAACUCAAUCGGAACCUGCAAGAGACGAGCCAACAACCGCAGCAUCUCAAAACCCAGCACCUUCGCGAAGAAACACUGCCAAGCAGAUGAAGGCAGCCAGGAUUGUAUCUUAUGUUUUGGGGUUUUUCAUUUUGUUGGUGGCUCCGAUAGUGGUUGUUGACGUUGUGGAGAUGCUUGGCGGCCCUCAAGCUCCAAAGCAGUUCGUCAAGUUCGCUGUGUGUAUGAUUUAUACAAACCAUUGCGUUAAUGUGUUUGUGUACGCUGGAUGCAAUCAAGAAUUCAGAAGAGCUUUUGUGAAGACUUUAUUACAAUUUAGAAACUUCAUUUGUUGUAAUAAUYCCUAAGAGAAACAUAGAAUUUAUUAUAAGACUUGACGAGCAUGUAAUUAUAUAUCACCUAACUUCACCACUUAAAUCUACA